AUGACUGAAUCCUUAUUUGAUACCAAGUUUGCAGGUGGGGCAGACAAGCCUGAGGCCACCGCUGCUGGUGUUGAUGCUGUUGCCACUUCCACAACAAAUGCAUCCAACGCUGCUGUUACCUCCUCGAACGAUGAAGCCGGUUCAUCCUCCUCCACCACCGAUACCGCCGAUUCAGGCUCCUCCCCUAUAGCUGCCUCUGGUGCCUCUACGGUGGCUCCAUCCUCGUCCACACUCCCAUCCCUCGACGACAACUCAUCCGCCCUGGCUCUCAUAAACUACCGUGUUCUUGUCUCUGCCAAGGAGGCCGGUUGUCUCAUUGGACAAAACGGUACCGUGAUUAACUCGAUUCGUGAAGUUACCAACACAAAGGCUGGGAUUUCCAAACUUCAGAACGGAUCCCAUGAACGUAUUCUUACCGUCAGUGGGACCUUGGAUGAUUGUUCGAAGGCCUUGCUGUAUUUUGCUCAAGCUCUUUGUAACGCGUCUGCUGAAAACCUUCUUAGUUACAAUUUUUUCCCAUUAAAGCAAUUGUCUCUGAUUGCCUGUGUUGAAGGAAAGACUACUGUAUUGCGUUUACUUGUGCCCAAUGCCCAAAUGGGGACUCUUAUUGGUUCCAAGGGGUUACGUAUUCAACAACUUCAAUCACAAUUUGAUAUUUCCAUGAUUGCUCUGAAAUCUUUCUUACCAAACUCUAACGAAAGAUUGGUUGAGCUUCAAGGAUCUGUAGAUAACUUGUAUGACUCCUUGAGAGUCAUUUCUCGUUGUCUUAUUGAAGAUUUCUCUUCUAUCGUUGGUACCAACUAUUAUACUCCAAGAGGGUUCAAGAGAAUCAAUGGUAACGUAGGAGGUGUAUCUAACAUCUCUGGUGUUUCCGGUGGUUCUGUUGGGGUAUCCAAUGCUUCCAAUACUUCCACUUUUGCCUCUACCACCAACUCCUCCUCUACUAACCAUAAUGAAUCUUCCUCUGGUCGUUCCCUCGUUACAGAUAAAGUUCCCUUCCCCAAUGAAAUCGUUGGAGCUCUUAUUGGGAAGAAUGGUUCACGUAUCCAAGGUGUACGUAAAGUCAGUGGGGCCACCAUUGGUAUUUCCGAUGAGGUAGAAGGUCAGAACGAACGUGUGUUUACCAUCCUGGGUACUCUGCAUGCGGUUGAAAAGGCCAAGGGUUUAUUGUACCAUAACUUAGAAAGAGAAGAGGCUAGAAGACUUGAAGCCGCAAAUGAAAGCCAAUAG